CCUCACGUGCGCCUUGUACGCAGAUGUCAAUUCAAUUGAAUUUGUAUCAAACAGAUCAAUUACUUAUUUCCAUGCAUGCAGUCAUGAACAAAACUGUUCUACAUACUUAUGAAGGAAAGGAGUUAGAAAUCCGCCCAGGCAUGAGCGACCGCACCAAGGAAACGCAUGAAGCAUUCAACCUAAGUUAAACAAACAGAUUGAUAGAUGCAUUUUGUACUUUUCCUUUGAUUGGCAACCAAGCUUGGGAAGAUGUUGAUGCAACAACUCCUUGAAGGAUAUUGGAACUGAAUGGUAAAUUCAUGCAGUGAAAGCCAAGAUGACCUUCACCAGAAGAUCGAAAUGUCAUUUCGAUAGCUAUUCAUGUCUGUGCUGCUUCAUCCUGUUGGAAGCAACACUUCUGUGCAAUGGAUUCAGUCAGGAUUGGGACUGCAGUGGAUCGCUUUGCUACAAAUUGACUCCGCAAAGGGCAAAUCAAAGCGCGGCAGACGUCUUAUGUGACCUUCAAGGUGCGACACCAAUGAACCUGACCUUGAACAGCGAAUGGAACAGCACAAUAAACUUCUCGGACGCAUUGAAGGUCAAGGACGAACCAGAGUAUUCCUUGACCGUGUGGACUAAUCUAGUCUUCAAGCGGGCUGAAAAUGCAUCGGAACUUUUCACGGCAGCAGGAGAGUCAGUAGAAUGCAAGAGCGCCGCCUGUCGGGCGUUGUCGCAGUCAGUUGUUGCGGAGGACGGGACGUGGUGUGUUGUCUUCUCCGUCGGGAAUAUAACCAAGUUGUCCCUCGAGGAUUGUGCGGCGGAACACGCCGUUGUUUGCGAAAAAGUGGUGGCUGACCAGACAAAAGAUAAUUCCAUUUUCGGCCUCAAUCCCGAGUUGUUUGCAGCCAUCAUGAUUGUCGUGUAUAUCGUCCUUGUUUCGAUGAUCGCGGUUUAUUGGGGCACCAUCACGGACAAGAAGAAGGCAAAGGAAUUUGAAGAGAGGCAGGCGGAGAUGUUCAGACGGUGUUACCCGAGAUUGAGAGACGGCGACAGCGGCAAAGAGUCUGGGAUGAGGAGCGCCGAUGAUGCUUGAACGACCCGGAGUGAUGUCAUGCUGCAGAGGUGACGUAAUGUCCGACUUCAGGCGCACUCGGGAUGCGCGAAACUUUUGCGCGCUAGGAUUGUGUUGAUAAAACAAACGAACAAUGUGUUUUUUUACCGUCUAUGAGUUGAAACAGAAGUGGAAAACAAGCAUGUUUAGAAGAAUAGUUUACUAAUAAAUUAGAAGAAGAACAAACAUAUUGAGGGAAAUCCGCCAACUCCGUUGCUGAUGACGGCUAUUGUUGCCACGAGCGCGGGGUCGGCAAUGAGCUCCUGUAGUUGUGAAGUGUCAAAAACUGUUGACUUUAGUCAGGAGCGUUGUUGAUCUCAUUCAAGAAAAACCUACUACUCAGUGUUAUUGUAAUAAUAUAACUAUGUUUAUUAUAUUUUGCUUAUCAAUAAACAUGCUAUCUAUU